CUAUAGCUUUGUCUUUGCGAACUUUGAGCCAUUAUGGUUGUUCAUACAGGCAGCUGAGGUUGAGCCAUUAAACGUGACAGGACAGUAGGACGAGGACCUAAGGAAAAAAAAUUGUUACAUUACAUCACAAGAUGGUUCGGGUGGUGUUCCUGCACCCUGAUCUGGGUAUAGGUGGAGCAGAGCGUCUAGUGGUGGAUGCAGCUGUAGCUCUGCGCUCUCGUGGCUGCAGUGUGCAGAUCUGGACAGCCCACUAUGAUCCCCAGCACUGCUUCUCUGAGACACUCUCACCUGACCUACCUGUGGUGUGUGUGGGCGACUGGCUGCCCACCAGUGUGUUUGGGUAUUUCCAUGCCCUGUGUGCAUACCUACGCAUGAUCUACGUUACUAUGUUUCUUGUGUUCUUUAGUGGGGAGGAGUUUGAUGUUGUCUUCUGUGAUCAGGUUUCGGCAUGUAUUCCCUUUUUGCGUUUGGCACGUCAAAGGAAGAAAGUUCUGUUCUACUGUCAUUUCCCUGACCAGUUGCUGACUCAGCGUCACUCUGCUUUGAAGCGCCUGUAUCGUGGUCCCAUUGACUGGUUUGAGGAACUGACCACUGGCAUGGCAGACUGCAUUUUGGUAAACAGCCAGUACACCAAAGGGGUCUUCAAACAGACUUUCCCCAAAUUAGCUGAGAUCCACACCGAUGUCCUAUAUCCCUCUCUGAACUUUGCAGCUUUUGAUGGUGAAGUUGAGGGACUCAGUGGGCUGGUCCCUGAGGGACGGAGCUUCCUCUUUCUGUCAAUCAACCGCUAUGAACGCAAGAAGAACCUGCCGUUAGCACUGCAGGCAUUAGCUGCUCUAAAGGAGCGCCUAUCUGAAAAUCAGUGGGAGCAAGUACACCUCGUGAUGGCGGGAGGAUAUGAUGAGCGAGUGACUGAGAAUGUAGAGCAUUACGAAGAGCUGCGUUCACUAGUGGCUUCUCAUGGCCUGGAGGACCACGUCACCUUCCUGCGCUCCUUCUCGGACAAACAGAAAUUGUCCCUGCUGCACAGCAGCACUUGUGUACUGUACACACCCAGCAAUGAACACUUUGGCAUUGUACCAAUAGAGGCUAUGUACUCACGUUCUCCAGUUAUUGCAGUUAACUCGGGUGGACCACUGGAGUCUGUGGAUCAUGGUAAAACUGGCUUCUUGUGUGAACCAACGCCUGAGCACUUCUCUGAGGCUAUGCAAGAGUUUGUUGUUGACCCUAAACUCAAGCAGCACAUGGGGCAGGCUGGCAGAGAGAGGGUCCAGCAGUGCUUCUCACUGCAGGCCUUUACUGAGCAGCUCCAAAAUCACAUCAUCAACCUUACCCAGUAACACUCUGUAACCUCUUAAAGGACCAGAUCUGCUGUGGACCAGCACAUGAAUGCAUUCUGCCAGUCAGGUUGCCAUAGAGGGACUAAGUAUGUAAAGUAUGUGUUCUCUAAUGAAAGAUAAGAGUAGUAAAGACAGCACAAGAAUGUGGAGCACAUUGAGAGGUGAAUUAAUUACUGUGUGCUGGUCACAUUGAUCGAAGUGUGGCAUGGCAAUGCCUGAGAACUGUAUGUGUGUUUAUGUUAUGCCAUUAGAGUGUUUCUUUGGCAGAAAUCGAUAGAGAAGUUUUCUGUGCCCUGCUCUUAUUCUGCAGAGUCGCUGCUUUUGUUUGGUGAUAACAAUGGAUGAUGGUAAGAGUUAUUUAAGUCUCAACUAAAGAUGCUCAUAUCAAGUUAGUCUGAGUAGUCUAAAGAGAAAGUUUUCCUAAGACACUGAAGGUCAUAUGCUGUUUUGGUUUGAGGUUGUUACUGGCUGUGUUGUAUAUGUCCUCAUAGAGGAACUUCUAUUGAUACAAGACCAAAGCACUAAUUAAAUGAAAUUCUAU